AUGGAUGAUGUCAUCGAAGGGAAGGUCAGCAUUGGUCAUUUAUUCGAGAAGUGUUCCAUCCACAUACAAGAGAACAAAGAUAUGUUUUGUGAGGAUUGUAAGGUCCACGUCUGUCACAAGUGCGUACUCGUUGAUCAUCAAAAUCACAAAAUCAAGAACCAGGUUAACUUUGAGCAGGGGUUGCGAGGAAAGGUGACAGACCUUGCUCAGCGAUGUGCCGACAAGAAAGCAGAGCUGGAGAAGAACAUUCAGAACAUAGAAAUUCAACGUCAUGAGGUACACACUGCAGUGCAGACACUACUAGAUGAUGUCAGGAAAGCCUACAGCAUCAAGGCCAACCAACUUGAUGAAAAUCUUCGAAAUCUGAUCGAGCAACUAAAUGGCUUAAAACAUAGUUUUGAUGACGACCUCAAUGUCUUGAAGUCAAAAGAUCGACAGAGGAUCAAGAGUAUUUGUAGUUCAAUUACUUUGGUAGAUAAUGACAGACUGGGUCAUCUUGAGACAGACACUCUAUCUGCUCAUAUCUUGCUCUGUGAGGAGCUGGAUGCCAUGCUGAAGGGGGUUACUGAUCACACUUCUGCGGAAGCUAUUAAGAAGAAAGCAAAGGGGAAGAAGGUUCAAACCAGCAGAUGA